AUAAGUCCCUUUCCGCCAUUCUUCGACGCUCUCUUUUGACCUGCUUGACCUCUUUUCCAAAAAGUGGACCUUGUGCCCCUGCCUGGUUGCUACGAGGUGGCUCCAUUUCUUUUGAUCAGUGUUUUGAAAAACAAACCAAAAUUUCCCUUCCACUACCCUCAGAAAAAUGCGAAACAAAUAUUUUGACGUAAAGACCCAAUAAGGUCUCUACUUCAAGGAGGAAUACUUAAACUUUGAAACAAUUCUCGAAUUUUUAUCUUCACAUUUUGGCAAAAAUGGAUCAUAAUUUAAACGCAAAGACGGUCAAAUUUAAAGAAAUAUCUAAAUAUUCAAAACAAAGUAACACGCGACCGAACGGUCCAAACAACAUGAAUUUUUCAGUACAAGCUAAUUUAAAGAUGAAUUGAAAAUAAAAUAAAGAUGAUUUCAAUUCUGAAGUCCAUUUUUGAAAAAGAUCCGUAGAUAGCGAGAUACAAAAUUGAUGACGUCAACUCGGAUCCAUCAAUCUACCAUGCAUGCCCAAAUAAAAGGGGAAACUCAGGUCGAAGGGGCUGUUCCAGACCAAAACCCCCACUACCAAGAUCUUUUGAAGAGAAUGAGGGGGCUUGGCUGAAUUUUCUUAAAAAAAGUGACGGUAGUAUUUCAAGACUUUCGGCAGAAAUAGUUCAUUGUACAUUCGAGGUGAUCAAUUGUGCAAACAGGGGCCUCAGCAAAACAUUUUAAAUAUCCAGUCUUAUCGUACUUCUUUGCAGUUUUUCUAUGAAUAUCAGUUUACAUAAAGAUAGAAAGUUUUCGCGAAAGAGACAUCGGUCAUGAGUCUUUACUCAGGGCGAUAAAUCUCUUCUUACAAAUGGUUUAUAAUAAACAACAAGUGUACCCACGAACAUUUUAUCUAACCGAAGCUGCAUGUCUCACUGCAAAAACAUUUACAAUAAUGCUAAACAUGUGCAUUUCCUAAUCGCAACGUACAAAAUUUAAAUUUCUGUCAAGAAGCAACCUAACUCAGUACUGAGAUAAAAUUAACUGAAAACUUCAGAGAUUGAGCCCUCAGAACAUUGUCUUCCUCUUCUUCAAUGCUUUGAAUUAUCAACAACGAAACGAGAGCUGAUCAGACAUUCAAACUUAAAUCAACAGGGUUCAUGAUAAUAAGAAUAAUCAUGACACUUUAGGUGGGUUAGGUGCGUGAUAACUCGUUUUUUGUAACAUAUACAUCGCAUUUAAGACAACAAGGCUGUGUUCGUUUGUCAAAUAGACUGCUUAAAAGGGGUUUUUGGUGUGCCUACCGAGGUUGUGCAGUGAAACUGUGGCUAAAAACGAGUUGGUAAUUUAUUUUACACAGUCCUUUCGUUUAUGAGUCAAAUGUAACCAUGUUUGAUAAAAUCAGAAUUUAAAGAUCGUAGAGUGGUAGGUUCCCAAAUGGAAAAGGCAUAGAAGAAAAAUUAAUGUGCACACUUAACAUCAAGUUUGAUAGAAGAGUGGGCACAUUACAUAUCGUGAGCCUCGUAUUGACACACUUUUUUGGUAAUGGGCAGUUGUAACAAUAUACAAUACUGGUCACUGGAUACGUGAUAUACCUAAAGGAGCGUGUUAGGGUCAAUAAAUGUUAUUGAGCAGGGACAUUUAAGGCCAACCGCAAACUUCCCUGGCAAUUUUUUGUUUAAUGGCACGCACUGUAGACUCCCCUGAUCUGGAUGUCUUCUCGGAGCUUGUUCCCGCGAAGUCGCAUUUGGAGAAUGAUCACAACCUACAGGGACGCCUGCACAAGAUUAGGCAGGAGGGGCAGUGUUGGUGCCGAAGGCAAAUCAUUGAAUUUUUCUACUAACAUAAUCGAGCAAUUUUAGGUGGGAGGGGCGAGGGUGGGGUAACAUAAUAAAAUAUUAACUUAAAUAUGGGUUUUUUACCACCAAAGAUUCUAAACAUAGAUAAAUUGUUGACGAAAUUAUCCAUAAAUAAAAUUGGUUAUUAAAUGGCCUUGUCACUAUUCACAAUAUUUGGUUUAAUAAAAAUAAUGGCUGCUAUAGAUGGGCUGGUUGUAAAUUUUGAUUGCCCGCUAAACUUUUAUACCGAUUUAUCCUUCCUAGGUUCCUGGAGUACUUUUGAGGGAAAACGUCUUUUGUUUAUCAUCUGCAUUUUUGUGCUGGUGUUAUCAUCUUUCUAAUAUUUUCUAACUAAAAUAGUCCAAGUGGUCAUCAAUUAUCGAUAAAAUUCUAUAGAGUUGUCUUAUAUUUCAGGGCACUUCUUGCCACCUCUGCCCCUCUUCGAAAAGGGCCCCUGACAAUCUACUACCAAAGAGCGAACUUUGCGACCAAAGAUAUCUUCAAGUACGCAUGCGUACAUUAGGUUGCAGUGGGUGCGCGAAUAAAAGGAGAAAAUCGGGGGUAAGCCUUUACCAAACUAUUCGAAUAUAUCUUGAAACUCCUAAAUUUGCUCAUUGUACACUAAUUUUGCGAAUUGAGCAGGGUGUGCUGGGGCCCGGGUAAACAUCCUAUAUAGCCAUCUUCCCGAAUAACAGACAUUUCAUUGUGCAGACGUGACACGUAAAAAAUUUCCCUUUGUAGCAACCCCCCCCCCCCCAUUGGACCGCAUACAAAAAACUGUUACACUCACCCAGAGGGUUGCAUAAUUUAUGAAAUUAUCCAUAUAAACCGUUAGCCUCAAAGCAUACAAUUUUUUGUUGGCCUUCUGUUAUGGCGCAGGUACUUGUUGGUUGGAUGCAUGUUGCAGCACGGUUGAGUUGCAACAUCGCCCUACCCCCUCCUAAAUGUAAAGGUACCAUUUAAAAGAUACCUGGCUCGUCUUCGAAUCGAGGGAAAGAGCCUAGCUUGAUUCACGGGUCACGGCGCCAGGCCAAGUAUUUGUAAGGCAAAUAACACAUUGCGGUCCCUUUCUUACACCACCCAAGAUCAACAAACAAAUUUCCAAUGUUUAUCUGGAAAGUUUACUUUCCUGCUUAUCUAGCUUUCUAUCUUAUGCAUGUGAGAUUAACGUCUUCUGUAAAAAGGGGAAGCUCCUUUUUUGCUCAACAAAUUCGACAUAUCACUGAAUAUGCUAUGUCUAUGCAGGACCUAAAUGCUGAAGUCUAAAAUAUUUUAGUUAAGUCAUCGUUUUGAGUGAAUGAAUCGCUGACAUGGCUAUGAGUUUUGGGAAAAAUUUGCACUCAAAGGUUGACCCCUCUAAGCAGGAGGCGGACCAAAGCAGUGCUUUCAGGCAAAAGACAGCAUCUGGUUACAGCAGAGGGAACAGCAAAGCAGAUUCAAAUAAGGAACAGAAAUCUAGCGAUUCCACUUUGACUGGGCAGCCUCUAGAUCUCAAAAUUCCAAGACAGCACCUUCUUGCCAGUGAGGAGAAGGAAGAAUCGUCUGAGUAUUUUUCGAUGAUUGGGGAAAUCGGAGCUUCAUCCAAAAUUAACAAGCAGAUGACUGAAGUAAAACUGGACGACCUCGGGGAAAUAAGACAAAUUUUUGAUGUUUUCGACCAGGAUGGUAAUGGAGUUAUAACAGCAAACGAACUUAGAUCAAUUCUUGGAUCACUGGGACAAUCAACAACGGAGGCAGAAGUAAUGGAUAUGGUGAAUUCCAUUGAUGCUGAUGGCAACGGAAUUAUAGAGUUUCCUGAAUUCCUGGCAAUGAUUCACGGUAAACUGCCAACAGCAAAAUCUGCAAGCGAGUUUGGAAGGAUUUUUAAAGUUUUUGAUGUGGAUAAUUCUAGCGAAAUCAACGCUGAUAACUUGAAAAGAAUGUUUCGAAUAUUUGGUCAAGAUUUCGAUGAAUAUGAUAUAUCAGAUAUGCUAGCCGAAGCAGACUUUGAUGGAGAUGGAAAAGUUGGGUUUGAGGACUUUAUUAAACUAAUGAAAAAAUGAUUUCUAUUAACAAAGAAAUUACUU